GGCUCCACCACUAGCUCGUCCAGGUUUUGUGCGGUACUCCUGGUUCGAGGUACAGUUUCGGGUCCAGCCUGUGUUGGAGGAGGAGGUGCAGAUGACCCAGGAGGACGUGGAGAGGUAUGCUCGCGGCUUCCUCAUGUUCCUGUUCGGGACUACCAUUUUCACCGACCGGGCGAACACCGUGCCUCUCUGUCUUCUCAGCGCACUGGUGGACGUCCGGGACAUCCUGCAUUAUGACUGGGGCGGCGCCGCUCUGUCCACUCUCUAUGGAUACAUGAGCUCGGCUUCUCGCGGCAGCGGCCAGCUACUCGGAGGCUACUGGCGGGCUUGGGAGUUGUGGGUUUACGCCUACUUCCCUAGGCUCGCUCCUGUGCCAGUUGUGGAGACUCCUCUGGCCGUCCCGUUUUCAAGUCGCUUCGACGGGAGAUGCACCCGGCGACCACGGGAGACAUUCGGCUUCUUCCGCCGAUACUUCGACACCAUUACCCCGAUCAUAUGGCGGCCGUGGGCUCCCUUGCCAGCGGCGAUACGAGAUCGGUUCGCUGAUAGUCCCGGUUCCCCCUCCUACGGAUAUGAGGGAGACCGAGGGGCUCACCAGUGA